AUGCCAUGCUAAAUAAGCAACUAAGAAGAAGAAAUCAAAUCUCUUCGACGAAAAGCUGCGGCCGCACUAUAGAGAGAGCUCGCCAAUGGCAUCCUCUUCCUUCAACAUGGUGAGCCUACCUUCAUUCUCCCCUUCGCCAUCUCCGAGAUCAGGCCUCUCCGCCUUCCGCCAUGUCAGUGGCGGCAACAGCAGGUGGGAGAAGGUGGCGGCAGCAGCUGUAGCGGUGAAGGCGAUGGCAGGGCCAAAGUACAAGGGGACGCAGAUGAGGGAAACGAGACUGGCAGAGAUGAUCGAGCAGAAGGUAGACGAGGCCAAGGAGGUCUGCGAGGGGGACGCCACCUCCGACGAGUGCAAGGUGGCGUGGGACGAGGUGGAGGAGGUCAGCCAAGCCAAGGCCGAUCUCCGCCUCAAGCUCGAGGUCCAGAAGCUCGACCCACUAGAGUCCUUUUGCCAGGACAACCCCGAGACGGAGGAGUGCCGGAUCUACGAGGACUGAUCAACCGAUGCACAACCACUAUAGUUAUCAUCACUAGAGACUCGCUGAUUUCUGUAAUCAGUCUCCGAUCCACUGCGACUAUACGCUGCUUUCUGUAAUCAAUCCCAAUCCGCGCAUCGAAUAACCUUUAAAUAAGUCUGUAAUCAAAGCUCGCUUUGCGUUUACUUGAUUUCUAUAGCA